AUGACAAACAGGUUGUGGCCCGGUAGCCGUGACGCUACGUUGCGUCUGUGGGACGUAGAUUCUGGCGAGUGUCUCCACGUCCUGACGGGUCAUGUGGCGGCAGUGCGGUGUGUCCAGUAUGACGGCCGCAGGGUGGUCAGUGGAGGAUACGACUUCAUGGUGAAAGUCUGGGACCCGGAGACAGAGACCUGUCUACACACUCUGCAGGGACACACGAACAGAGUCUAUUCACUACAGUUUGACAGUACCUACGUGGUCAGUGGAUCUCUGGACACCUCCAUCAGGGUAUGGGACGUAGUGACGGGAGGGUGUGUCCACACGCUGACCGGCCACCAAUCACUGACCAGCGGUAUGGAACUAAAGAACAACAUCCUGGUGUCUGGCAACGCUGACUCUACUGUCAGGGUCUGGGAUAUACGGACAGGACAGUGUCUCCACACGCUGCAAGGUCCCCAUAAGCACCAGUCAGCAGUGACCUGUCUCCAGUUCUCUCGCUCCCUGGUGGUCUCUUCAUCAGAUGACGGGACAGUGAAGCUGUGGAGCCUGGCGACGGGGGAGUGGAUCAGAGACCUGGUGGCUCUGCAGAGUGGAGGAUCAGGGGGAGUGGUGUGGAGGAUCAGAGCAUCUAACACCAGACUGAUAGCAGCCGUUGGCAGCAGGAACGGAACAGAGGAGACUAAACUCUUGGUGCUGGACUUUGACCUCACCGACACCCAGAAGUGAUGUCAUUUAAAAUGGACGUUAUGUCAUCGGGAAAGGAUGCGAGGCAAUCGAAGAAGGACCCAAUAUCGUCAUGGGAACGGAAAGCUUGUGGUGAUGAGGAGGAGGAGGUGAUGAGGAUGAGGUGAUGAGGAGGAGGUGGUGAAGUAUAGAAGGACUGAGUGCAACUCCAAAAUGUCCUCUUUCCUCAUCACAACCCUGGGCAACCAAACCCCCGUAUUUUCUGUCUGAACUAAAACACUGGUACUGACUGGUGAAGAGACACAAGAUCAACUUUCUGUGACUGGAAGAAACCACGAGAGGACUCAUUGGCUGGCUGGCUGACUGACUGGCUGACUGACUGGCUGACUGACUGGCUGACUGACUGGCUGACUGGCUGGCUGACUGGCUGACUGGCUGGCUGACUGGCUGACUGACUGGCUGACUGACUGGCUGACUGGCUGGCUGACUGGCUGGCUGGCUGACUGACUGGCUGGCUGACUGGCCGGCUGACUGGCCGGCUGGCUGGCUGACUGGCUGACUGACUGGCUGACUGACUGGCUGACUGACUGACUGGCUGACUGACUGACUGACUGGCUGACUGACUGACUGACUGACUGACUGACUGACUGGCUGGUUGGCUAGCUGGCUAGCUGGCUGACUGACCGGCUAGCUGGCCGACUGACCGGCUGACCGAAUGACCGACUGACCGGCUGACCGACUGACUGGCUGACUGACUGACUGACUGACUGACUGGCUGGUUGGCUAGCUGGCUAGCUGGCUGACUGACCGGCUAGCUGGCCGACUGACCGGCUGGCCGACUGACCGGCUGACUGGCUGGCUGGCUGACUGACUGACUGACUGACUGGCCGGCUGACUGACUGGCUGGCCGGCUGACUGACUGGCUGGCCGGCUGACUGACUGGCUGACCGGCUGACCGGCUGACUGACUGACUGACUGACUGACCCAGCUAACUGACCGACAGACUGAUAACCCAAAGACCAAACAGAGUAACUACUGUAACUCCUCCCAGACUACUGCUGGAUGUAUAGACUGCAUAUGAGGCAGAUUACAGGUCUAGAGACACUGUUCCCAGAUCUGUUUGGUCUUCAGCCAACCCCUCUGACUGGCAUAAUGAACUGCAGUAACUACAGGUCUGGGACCAGAUCUAUUGAACUGGAGAGACACUGGACUCUGGAUAUGCCUGAAACCCUAUUCCCUAUAGUAGUGCACUAUAUAGGGAACAGGGUCUAUAGUAGUGUACUAUAUAGGGAAUAGGGUCUAUAGUAGUGCACUAUAUAGGGAAUAGGGUCUAUAGUAGUGUACUAUAUAGGGAAUAGGGUCUAUAGUAGUGCACUAUAUAGGGAAUAGGGUCUAUAGUAGUGUACUAUAUAGGGAAUAGGGUCUAUAGUAGUGCACUAUAUAGGGUCUAUAGUAGUGUACUAUAUAGGGAAUAGGGUCUAUAGUAGUGCACUAUAUAGGGAAUAGGGUCUAUAGUAGUGCACUAUAUAGGGAAUAGGGUCUAUAGUAGUGCACUAUAUAGGGAAUAGGGUCUAUAGUAGUGCACUAUAUAGGGAAUAGGGUCUAUAGUAGUGCACUAUAUAGGGAAUAGGGUCUAUAGUAGUGCACUAUAUAGGGAAUAGGGUCUAUAGUAGUGCACUAUAUAGGGAAUAGGGUCUAUAGUAGUGCACUAUAUAGGGAAUAGGGUCUAUAGUAGUGUACUAUAUAGGGAAUAGGGUCUAUAGUAGUGUACUAUAUAGGGUCUAUAGUAGUGCACUAUAUAGGGAAUAGGGUCUAUAGUAGUGUACUAAAUAGGGAAUAGGGUCUAUAGUAGUGCACUAUAUAGGGAAUAGGGUCUAUAGUAGUGUACUAUAUAGGGAAUAGGGUCUAUAGUAGUGUACUAUAUAGGGAAUAGGGUCUAUAGUAGUGCACUAUAUAGGGAAUAGGGUCUAUAGUAGUGUACUAUAUAGGGUCUAUAGUAGUGUACUAUAUAGGGUCUAUAGUAGUGUACUAUAUAGGGUCUAUAGUAGUGUACUAUAUAGGGUCUAUAGUAGUGCACUAUAUAGGGUCUAUAGUAGUGUACUAUAUAGGGAAUAGGGUCUAUAGUAGUGUACUAUAUAGGGAAUAGGGUCUAUAGUAGUGUACUAUAUAGGGAAUAUGGUCUAUAGUAGUGUACUAUAUAGGGUCUAUAGUAGUGUACUAUAUAGGGUCUAUAGUAGUGCACUAUAUAGGGAAUAGGGUCUAUAGUAGUGUACUAUAUAGGGAAUAGGGUCUAUAGUAGUGUACUAUAUAGGGAAUAGGGUCUAUAGUAGUGUACUAUAUAGGGAAUAGGGUCUAUAGUAGUGCACUAUAUAGGGAAUAGGGUCUACAGUAGUGCACUAUAUAGGGAAUAGGGUCUAUAGUAGUGUACUAUAUAGGGAAUAGGGUCUAUAGUAGUGUACUAUAUAGGGAAUAGGGUCUAUAGUAGUGUACUAUAUAGGGAAUAGGGCCCUGGUCUAUAAGUGUAUUCUAUAUUGGGAAUAGGGUCAAUAGUAGUAUACUAUAUAGGGAAUAGGGUCUAUAGUAGUGCACUAUAUAGGGAAUAGGGUCUAUAGUAGUCUACUAUAUAGGGAAUAGGGCUCUGGUCUAAAGUAGUGCACUAAAUAGGGAAUAGGGUUCUGGUCUAAAGUAGUGCACUAAAUAGGGAAUAGGGCUCUGAUCUAUAGUAGUGCACUAUAUAGGGAAUAGGGCUCUGGUCUAUAGUAGUGCACUAUAUAGGAAAUAGAGUCUAUAGUAGUCUACUAUAUAGGGAAUAGGGCUCUGAUCUAUAGUAGUGCACUAUAUAGGGAAUAGAGCUCUGGUCUAUAGUAGUGCACUAUAUAGGGAAUAGGGUCUAUAGUAGUCUACUAUAUAGGGAAUAGGGCUCUGGUCUAUACUAGUGUACUAUAUAGGGAAUAGGGCUCUGGUCUAUAGUAGUGCACUAUAUAGGGAAUAGGGUCUAUAGUAGUGCACUAUAUAGGGAAUAGGGCUCUGGUCUAUACUAGUGUACUAUAUAGGGAAUAGGGCUCUGGUCUAUACUAGUGUACUAUAUAGGGUGCCAGACUCACCCUCUCCAGCCAGUCUAAUAUAUGCUGGAUCCAUAUACAGAAUGGAGGUCCAGAGUUUUUCCUCAUUGACCUACCCAGGAAAACCUCCUGGGCCCCAAUGAUAUACUGUUACUUAGACUUCAACUUGAGUACCAACUGGUUCCCCAUUCCCCUAUGUACUAUACUGUUUAGUGCACUACUUUAGACCAGCUAACUGGGUCCUCCCUAUAGGUCCUGGUCUAAAGUAGUGCACUACAUGGGGAACCAGUUGGGACUCGAGGUGAAGUAUAUCACUGGGACCCGGGAGGUUUUCCUAGGUAGGUCAAUGAGGGAGAAACUCUGUGUCCCGUUCGGUAACAGUUAGCGUUUGUGAUAUAAUGUAAAAUAUUGAAUGUACAUAUGAAGAUGUAUAAUGUUGUUUUUAUAUGAAAAGAGGAAACUGCAGAGGUUUGUUGGGGGGAGAAACAGUUGAAUAAAGAAAUGGUAACUUUUCUAAAA